AUGCCGUGCGAGUGGAGCCCAUCCCGGAGUGGCCCCAUCAACCCCGCCAUCGUCAGACCAGCGCGCCCAGCAGCCGUCCGAAGCGCCCAGGCCUUCCCAGCACUGCCGAAGCCAGCGGCCCCUGCCAAGAAGCCUGCUACAGCCAAACCGACCUCAGGUAAGAUUCCUGACACUAAUGCUACCCCCAGUGUUUGGGAUCUGCCCAGGGACCCUGCCCCGACCCAGAGCCCACCGCCGCCUGCCGCCAACAGACCCUCGCGGACGACGCCGGCCCCUCCCAAGCCUGCUGCCCAGGAAGCUGCUCCCAUGCCGGAACCUGCACCUCCCCAGGGCACCCAGCUGGUGAUGAUGUUGGUCCCCCUGCUCAUCAUAGCCUUCCGUGCCAUGCUGGCCGCGAUCCCUGCUGCCAGCAACAUCCCAGAAGUCCAGGCCUUCAAGGUAAUGAAACCAAUGCUUGCCAGUCUGCUUUCUACUUUCAGUUAUGGACAGUAA